UAUUAUAUACCACGAACAUAUAUAAGUAGAUUUGUGUAUGUGUAAGUGCGAAAAUGCGGAGAAUGAAAUACAAAGUUAAUCUCUUAUAAAGCGACAAUAAAUACACUUAAUAUUUAUAAUUUGAGUAUACAGUGACUCGCACAAAAAUCGGACAUGGCAUAUCAACACAGCAUUGCACAAAUGGCGCACAAUUGAGAUAUGCACAAAAAAAGUACUAUUUCAUAAACUAAUCAAGAAAGCCGCAGGCUGGAAUGUAUCCAACUUAUCACGACAGCAAAUAAUAAUAAGAAUCCAGUUCGUCUACAUCUAAUAGUAUCAAAUGGCUAGUACUACACCUAAAAAGGACGUUGUGCGUCAAGAUAAACGUUUCACCGAUUUAGUGUGGGAAAAUUGUCAUGAAUUCUAUGAUCAAGAAAAACAUAUUGAUGUUACGUUUUUGUGGCGGAGUUAUCCCAAGCGUAUUACAGCUCAUCGAAUUAUCUUGGCUGCUGCCAGUGUUUAUUUCGACGAACUUUUUCAAACCAAGGAGGGUUCGGCUCCUGUUAUUUACAUUGAAAAUAUUGGACCGGAUGAAUUUGAGUUACUUAUAGCUUACUGUUACACGGGUAGGCUAAACCCUAAAAUGCCCAACGUCAGUAGACUUUUAAAUGGAGCCACGAUUUUGAAGCUUGACGGCGCCGCUGCCAUUUGCACUGCUUACUUAAAAGGACCGACGGAAAGAUCACGUCCAGCUUUGCAAUUACCUUCAAACCACCCAACAUCAAGUAAUACUAACACCAAUAAAUCUAUAUUGGCAGUGCGACAAAGCAUCGGAAAGCAGGAUACUGAGAGUUGUAUUUACCGAUGCGACGAGAUGGAGAAGAUAUGGAUACAGUGUGGUGUGUUAAAAUUCCCCACACAACGAGCAGGUUUGGUGUACUCAAAUAAAAGGCUAAUAACUCUAGGUGGCAUUAGCUCAGAAAAUCUACCGAUACCUUGUGUGCGCUCCUACAAUUUAGAGACUCAAAUGUGGAGCAAAUUGCCCCCGAUGAAGGUUGCACGAGUUGGGUUGUGUGCUGUCAUUGUAGACAGGAUCAUUUACGCAAUAGGUGGAUAUGUAAGCCAACAGUACAUUGCAACCAUGACUGCAGAGAAAUUUGAUCCUUCCACCGGCCAAUGGACUUCACUACCUUCUAUGUGUGUCUCACGAGCCGAAAGUACGGCUGUAGCUAUUGAGGAUCAAAUUUAUAUACUUGGAGGUGUUGGAAUCGAUCGUGAAGAAUUAAAGUCAGUUGAAUGCUAUAACAUCAAAACAGGGAAGUGGCGUAAGUGCGCAGACAUGCUCCAGGGACGUUUUAAUUGUGGGGCAUCCGUUUUUAAAGAUCUAUUAUAUGUAGUAAGUUCAGGAAACACGCAGCCGCCCUACAGGAGCGACGUAGAGUUUUACGAUAUGAAAACUGAUACAUGGUCACAGGCACCACCAGUCAAUAUAGCACGGAGUGGCAUCUGUGCUGUAACACUAAGUGACCGUUUGAUGGCCGUCGGCGGAUCACCAUCAAAUGAGUUUAAAGGUAUUGUCGAAGUGUACAAACCGACGCGAAAUACUUGGAUGCAAGUACGGCCUUUGCCGAGCAGCGGUAAUUACAGUUGUUUCAUAGUUCCAACAAAAGAGCUUCUUACAAUCGGAAAUAAACUUAAAUCACCACAGGUUAUAAAACCUUUUGGGCAAGAGUAAACACCUUUUUAAGUACGAGUAUAUAUGUACAUUUGGUACUUAUUAAGCUUAAGGAACUUGUUUGCAGAUUGUCUGUCCACAAAUAUUUUCAGCCAUGCUGUAUUGUGUUGAAAAGAAUAAACUUUAGACAAUAAAACGUGAAUUUGCCAAUUUA